AUUAACAAUACAUAUAGCGCAUGUUUUGCUUUGGAAAAACACAAAUAAGCCAUAGUAUCAAACAAUGGCAGAGUUGAAGCUACAUGGAUUUUGGUAUAGCCCCUUAACUUUGAGGGUGAUAUUGACCCUAAAGUUGAAGGGUAUAACAUAUGAGUAUAUAGAAGAAGAUCGCUUCAAUAAGAGCCCUCAACUUCUUGAAUACAACCCUGUGUAUAAGUUGACUCCAGUGCUUGUUCAUCAUGGAAAAUCCAUUUGUGAGUCUAUGAUUAUUGUUCAAUACAUUGAUGAGGUUUGGCCACAGAAUCCUUUGGUUCCUCAUGAUUCCUAUGAUAGAACUCAAGCAAGAUUUUGGGUUGAAUAUGCUGAUCAAAUGAUUCCUGCCGUUAAGCCACUAUUCCACAUCAUCAGUGAUGAUGAAGUGCGAGAAAAAGCCAUAGAGAGGGUCCAAGAACAUCUCAAAGUUAUUGAUAAUCAAUGCCUAAUUGAUCAGAAGUUCUUUAAUAAUGGUGACCAUAUUAACAUUGUGGACAUAGCUUUGGGGUCAGUUAUCCAAUUUCUUGUAACCAUAGAAGAUUUGAAUCAACUGAAGGUCAUGGAAGCUCAUAAAUUCCCUCACCUAUAUUCACGGUUUAGUAAUUUCAAGGAUUCCCCAAUUGUUAAAGAAAACAUCCCAAAUAGUGAGAAAUUAAUAGCUUGUAUCAAGCUUGUGAGAGAAAAAAUGUAUGCACAUUCUUAAGAAAAUAUCUUUUAUUAUAGAGUGAAUUUUGUCCCUUUUUCAAAUUGAUAAUGUCAUUUCUAAAUUAAAAUAUAUUUAUAACAGAAUUUUAUCAAAUUAGAAUGACAUUAUAUCAAUUUAAAGUGACACUAUUCUCUCUAUUUAUUAUAUUAUAUAUCAAAUAAAGUGGUUAUGUAUGUAUCAUUGU